AUGACGGGAGGUGCACAGCAUGUUUAUGCAAUUAAAGAUUCGGACACUGAUCCCAAACAGCAGCCAAAGGAGGGUGGCUUUGAACAUUUCAGUGAAAAAGAUCCUGGAAAAUUACACAGCACCAACACCAGUGGGUCUGAAAGCUGCAAGACUGUGCUGAAUAGUGAUUCCUUGAAUACUUCUCAUCUCCACAGAAAGAACAAGGAUAGCUAUAACCAGCGAGAGGCUGUAAUUAGGCCCCAGCAGGCUGGAAGAAUUGACUUUAAGUCACUUCAGAGCAAACCAAAGUUUUCAAGUGAACAAACAUGGUCUUCAUCUAACAGUUCAAGUUGCAAAAGUAGUCCACAGUCACCUACUGGGAAAAGCAAAGGAAAAGAGAAAAACAAAAGAUAUGGAAAAGGGCCACAUCAUCUUUAUAAACUUAAUAUUAACUCCCGAUCCAACCCCACUAUUGGAAUUGCCUACCCACAACAAAAGAUUACAUCAGCAAAGAAACUAGAAGGAAACAGAGAACUUGUAACAGGGAGCUAUCGUUUCAAUGUACCCAGUAUACCCGAAAGAGAGGCAGAGCUCCAACAAGAGGAUCUCAGCUACAGCAGACGCUUUCAGGAGGACUCUGCAAGCCAUACUUCUACAAGUUAUACCUCACAUACUACAGUGGUUACAAGUCAUAACCAAGGCUCAAAAACACAUUCACAGGUAAAUGUUAAUAUUUCUAGAGAUAACACCAACUUCAAUGGCCAAUUACAAUAUCCAGAAUUCCAUGGAAACACGAAUAAUUCAAACAUUUCACCCUUUUCAAUGGAUUGGCAUUCUCCAGACAAGACAUUUGCAGGUAAUAACUAUGGAAUGCCCCCUCAGAAACAGAGCACUUUUCCUGUAGUGGCAGAAAGCAGCAAGUCUAAUACACAGGGCUUUAGAUCAACUCCAUUUCCAUAUCCACUCCCACAAUUGCAUGAAGUAGCUGCUGAUCCAUUUAACAAUGAACACAGUAGUCAAUGCCACUUUCAACAAGAUUACUUAGAUGUUCCACUGCCUAAUACCCAGGUAGCACAUAAUGGUUUUGUCUUCCAGCUUUCAGCUGAUGGACAUGAGGAAAGUUUAAGCAAUGGACAAUAUGGCACUUCAUCAGAUGGUAGAAGCUACACACAGCCUUCCCACCAAACUCAGUUUUUGCGUCCAUCCAGCCAAGGUACUUCACAUCGUGUACCUCAUUACAAAGGAAGAGCAGAUCAUCCAAGUGAUAUGAAUGGUGCUAUAUCUUCCACUGGUGCAGUAUCUUCCUCUGGUGCUGUUUCAUCUAAUGGUGCUAUAUCUUCAGUUGGUGCUAUCGAGCAGAAUCAGAAUACUUUCCAAGAAAACCAAACUGUUUGUACAUCAGACACAUUUAAUUUGCACAAUAAUGGUGUUGGAUAUGUAUCUAUGAACAAAAAGUGCUCAUCUUUAAAAGAUGACCGAGGCACUGAAAGAAUGGACACUCAGGGAAAAUCCCUGAGAAGGAGCAUAACACAGAGUUCUUUACCCCAAAUGCACUUUCAGGAUAAAGUUUACGAUGGUUCUUCCAACAGCAAUGUUCCUGAUAGUUUAGUGCCUUUUGAUAAAAACAUUUCAAACAAAAUUCAUAGUCAACCCAGGGUACCACAGGUUUGGGAAGGAAACAGAAUAUUUCCUACAAAGGACCACAGUUCUGCACCUUACUCUUCUUCACUUGCAAACCAAUUUUCAUAUCCAUGUCAAUCUGUUACUAAUUUAUCACAUGCUGACCAAAAACAGCAUGUUCCAAGAAAUGGUGCUUCCAGGUUGCCGUGGCAACAAAUUCACCUUACAUCUGCAAUGCCAAACCAAAAUAGAAUUGAACUUUCUAGACAACUUACUAGUCAACAGCUUGCCUUUCCAUUUGGAACCUCAGAGUGGCAAGAAUAUAAGAAAGCACAGAAAAAUGCACCGGUCUGUAAUCCAGCAGUUUUUCGGAAUAAACACCAUGUCAAUAAUGAGGAACUUCAAAAUAGUAGAAGUAAUAGGAAUGGCCAGAACUGUAACACAGCUACUGCUUUUGCAUUUCAAAGUGGUCUAAACAAUACUAGUACUUCACUCUGUGAUUCAAGAAAUGCAAACGCAUUCUGUGACCUGAACCCUAUUGUCUCACCAUCUACAAGAAGCACUAGUCAUGGAACACUUACAAUGCCCAAAGUUAGUAAUAUGCCAGGCUCUCCAUAUCAGUCUCCACCACCUUCACCAGCUCGAAACACUGGAUCUACCAGCACAUGCUCAUCUCUUUCUCCAGUAUCUACUGCGUAUAGUGCCAACAGCCCUCUUAACACCAACUCAGAAGAAAGUCAUGUGCCCACUGUAACAACAGCAUCCAAUUUCUAUCAUCAGCUCUCCCACACUAAGGAAGGGAAAAACUUCAGUUCAUCUGAACAGAUCAAUUCUAAUCUUCUACACCAUCAUCAAGAUCCCAUCAGAGCAUUCACAUAUUCCUCAGCUGAUCAUGCCAGGGGAACUAAAGACAGUUUAUUAUAUAUCCAGGACAACUCAUUUUCACAAAAUACUAAAAUCAAUGGAUGUACAAAUAGCUUUGAUACAGAAUCACAAUCUUUCUCAGAACAACAGUUUUUUGCUAAUUCCCUUAGCAGUGCAAAUCUUGACCAACUAGAUGUGCUGCUUACAUGCAAGCAGUGCGAUCAAAAUUUUAAUAAUGUUGCUUCAUUUCUUGAUCACCGCCAGUACUGUGGGCUUCAUUCAGGUUCUCACACAGAGCUGCAUGAUUCAACCAGAGUUGCAGAAACCAGAAGGCUCCAUGCAGAAUCAGCAAAAGGAACAGUUCUUCAUUCAACCCGAGGUGGUGCUGAUCCACAUCAGUCUUUACUUUGCUUAAGCAAAUCCUGUGACUUGUUAUUAGAUAGUGAGGGUGCAGUUGAUCCAAAAGAUGAUCCCUUUAAACUCAAUAUUUUCAGUGGAACAGGAUCGGGUUCAGUUUCGCUAACAGCUUCUGAUUUAGAGAUUGAUGACGCAAAACUUGAUAGUUUAAUCAACGAGACUCUGAAUGGUCUCGAUUAUCAAUCUGAUAAUGCUGAAAUUGACAGCAGCUUCAUUGAAGCUUUUGCAGAUGAUGAACUUUCUACAACAAAAAUUGUAGGAAAUGGGGCAGCUUUUAAGGUGAAAGACUGCAUGCCACUGGAAAACAAAGUUGUUACCAAACUUACAGAAACAGAAGAUAAACAAGCUCUGCAGAUAAAGACUAUAUACAAAAAUAGAAAAAAUGAUAGACAUAUACAAAGAAAGGAAAGAAGCAAGCAACAUAACAGGAAAAGUGAGAAAAAAGAUUCAACAACUGCCAUCUUAUCCAAGUCAUAUUCCAAACGGGUGGAUAAAUUCAGUGUUAAAAAUUUCUCUCAUGAGGGUUCUUUCAACUCCCUUAAAUACACCAAACCUAGUACAAAACUCAUGAAGCUAAAAGGGGGAAGAAAGCUUGAUACUGACACUGCACUUCAUCGCAGAAUAAGUGAGGUUUUAUCUCAGCCAGCACAAAAUGUGAGAAGGAAGUCUGAAAGAGACAAGCACAAAUGUAACAGUGAAAUCCGGGAUACUAUUCACUCAACUCCUUUAAAAAUUGUAACUGUAAACAGCAAUUCCAAACUACACAGACCUGCUUUAAGAGAUAUUAAGAAAAAAAAAUCAAGCAACAGAACUUGGAGCAAAGAAUUGAUUCAUAAGAUUGUACAGCAGAAGAACAAACUGCACAAAUUACAUGUGAAAAGCAAUAAGAAUUUGCAGGUUUCCCUAGUGAGCGAGCAGUUGCUGCCACAUCAACACAACAGUAAGUUGGGAGAAUAUGACUAUGUUUCAGAUUCAGAUCAAGAAACGGAACCUCUCAGCAGCAAAUAUCUAACUCCAUGCUUAAGUCAACUAGCGAAAUAUAGCAUCACAAGAGAACACAAAACCAAAUGUGGAAGAGUUGAGGCUGAAGAAUCCUGGAGAUAUAUAAAAAUCAAGAAAACUCCAGAACGCAGCAUGGAAACAGAGGGCUGCAAUCAAGCAAAGAGAUACCAUAGCAGUAGGUUCAGAAGGAGAAGCAGCCAAUCUUCUACCAGCAGUGAAUACAGCAACAUUACCAGUAGUUCAAGUGAAAAUACCAACAGCCCAAUUAGUAUAGAACGAACAGAUUCAGAUACUGAGAAAGACAAAAACACUACCAAGAGUAAACAUUCGACUUUUAUUUCAAUUAAUGAUCAUAUAUUUAAUACUGAGCGCUUAGGACCAGAUACACUGAUUGGUAAAUCAGCAAGAACUGCAAAAGACAAUUCUAUUAACCAAACAGUUUUUUCAAGAACCACAAAAGAACUUAGUUCAGCAAAAUGUUUAUUUUCAGGAAGAGGGUCUCAGAGUUCCAGCCAUACCAUAAUGCAUUUAGAUUACCACAGUGAGUCACAAAAAAUGGAGAUGGAGGACCAGUGCACAGUAGGUUCUAACCCAAGUCAUGUUGAGCUUAAUUAUGGUGAAAAGAGACGACAGACCUGCGAGUCCUUUGAGAAAGAUGUUGCAACUACAAGUGAUAAUUCUGUAGAACCAAAUACUGAAUUAACUUUUGAUCAAAGGGUUAUAGAAAAAUUGUCUUCUUGUGAAAAUAGCAUUGCUGAAUAUCCUACUGCCAGUGUAAGUCAAAACAAUUCACCACAUACCACAGAGCUGACUACAGACAUGAAAGAUGAAUUAACAGAUGCAAGCAACAAAAUGAAAGACAGUCUUGUUGGAUCGACAGUUGCCUAUAAGCCAAAUGCUGGAUGUUUUCAUGAUAACUCAUCUGCAUUUAAUAUUCAAGUUUAUGACGAUACAGCUCAGAACAGCAUGAACAGGAUUUACAGUGGGCACAAAGAUUUAGGAAAUCAUCAUGUGGAUACCUUCUCAGAAUCUCUGCCUAGUGGUUCAUCACAUCUGGAAGAUAUUUUUUUCUGUCAAAAUGAGAGCAGUUACAAUUAUUUACAGAAGAAUCAUGUCAAAAGAUUCAUAAAUGCAUAUCCAAGAGAAAAAUGUCAAACUAAAAUUAAGUCUCCAGUUUCCUUUCAUACAGCAGGAAUAUUUGGAGACAUUCCAACAUCAAAUUUUAAUAGUCAGCUUUACACAGACACUUUGGUCAACAAAGAAAACUAUUAUGCAUUUUCUUGCAAUGGUGAUAAAGAAGGCAAUGGGACAGCUUUUCAUCUGCAAUAUCCAUCAUUUCUGGAGCACAAAGAUUGGAACUUGUUGCCAGACGUGACCACAAUUUUACCAGAGGAGAUUUCACAUUUUGAAGAUCUCUCUAUACAACCAGCACAAAUUAAGAAAUUUGCCCAUACAACAGGGCCAUCUUCUGAUGCAACUCCACCCCUUCUGCCUGAAAAGGUUGCUGAACAAAAUGGUUCCUUCACAGCUACCUUAUCAGAUGAUGAUCUUGAAAUAAAAAGGUUGGUGACAGAGUUAGAAAAUCAGCUUCAGGCACCUCAAAGGAAUAAUGAAACUACUAUUGCCCAAGUAAGUACUGAAGAAUAUAUGAACGUAAGUUUAAAGAAUCAAAUUAGUCCACCUACAUCUCUGCCUCUUGAGCAAGAUAAAGGUUGUAGGGAGAAUGGACACACUCCAAAUCACUACAACAAUGGAAAUACUGAUAUACACACAUCAGAAUACAGUAAGGGCAUAAUACUGAAUAGCCCUAAAGUUGAACAUCCAAGUACUGCUGGGAGUAUUGGAGAAAACGAAGGUAUGUGGACUUGUCCCUUCCAGCUUGUGUCAUUGGAUGCUGAGCCAGAUUUUCAAACAUCUGAAAAAGUUUGUGAAAAUCCAAGUUCUUCACCCAAGGACAAUCAAUCCCGUUAUCAAGUUCAUCUUAAGGACUCAGAAAACAGAAAAGACAAUGAGCAAAAACACGAUAAUCAAGAAGAAAGUGGAGUUUCCCCUGAGGGGUACUCAGGAAAAACAGAGGAAAAACUGGAGAACCAGUAUUACACAGAAAAUCUAAUGGCAAAUCUUGCAAUAAUGUCAGGCACUGUAUUAGGCAAAAAUGCAUUACAACAGAGUUCACACAGAGAGCAGGGAUGUCAGACUCUGAACAAGAGUACAGACCAUGAGAAAUCAUUUAACUUGUCUCCCCAGUAUGGAUCCUCUGAGUGUCCUGUUACCGAGAAACAAUCAGAGCAUGAAUGUGAUGCAGUUUUGUUCACAUUUGAAAACAUUGCACCUUCAUCUUGUGUGAACGCAGUUGCCUGCAAUGCAGAAAAUAAUUUCGGUUUUGUUCCUGCUGAUCAUUCACAAGAGGAACAAUUUGUAAAGCAUCAACAGCCAAGUACACCUGACAACCAACCAAGUAGAAAAACUGAAAUAUCUGCCUUUCUAUCAGAAUCUGAAGAAACCAAUCAAUCACUUAUCGUAACAAGUCAAAUUAUUUCUUCUGAGAGAUCUCCAGAGACAAAAUAUAAAGAAAGGAUAAACGAUAACGUCAGUCCUUCAUAUGUUGGAAUAAGCUCUAUUGAACAACAUAGCAGUACAAAGAACAUUGCACAGGAUUCAACUACAAAUCCCCUGCAGCAACUUCAACUCUUUGUUGCUCGAACAGCACAAUGCAAUGAAGAAUUAAUGAUGAUCCCUUGUUAUCCUGUCUCAACCAUUCCAACAAACCAUUCUUCAAAUUGUAAUGCCAAUUCUGAGCAAAAUGAAGAAGUUUUCAACAGUACUCAAAAUGUGGAAGCCACCAUUAAUCCAAUGGACAAGACUUCAUCAUUGCAAAGCAUGUGCAAAAAUAAAUGCCAAAUCAUGGAUGCUGAUGCAAGUGCUCAGGGUCAAGGUAUUUUGUCAAGGGUGCCUAAAGAUAUUGCUGAAACUGUGACUGAAAAUAUUAAAGCAAAUUCUAGCCCAUGGGAACCUGAAAAAAUGUGCAAUGGAAGUGCUAAUAAUGAAGAACACUUUGAGAUUUCAGAUCAGAUUGUAACAUCACAGAUCUCUUUACCCAACCAUUUAAAGAAAACUACACAAUCCAAAGAUGGCAGUUCUGAGUUCACAAAGAACCAGUGUAGCUUGUUGUCAUUAAAUGGGAUGAACGAAAAUCCAGCAACAAUUGAGGCAAAGGAUUUCACUGAAAUUACAGACAAUUCUCAAAAUGCCACUCAAAGCUCUGUGUCAUUGGUUUUUAAUCAACAGGAGAAAGCAGAAGAAAUAACUUCUAGUGGUUUCAGUAGUGACAUUAACCAGCAAACAGAAAGAAAAGCCAAACAGUGUUUGAAUAAUUUGGAAGAAACCUUGCAGCCUGAUCAAUCAAAUUGUCCUUUGUCACAGUCAUUUUCUGAUGAAAAUAACUGUAAUGAGAAACCUCUGGUCAAACAUUUAACCACAGAUGACAUUUCUCAGUGCAAAGCUUCAUUAGAUAUUACUGACUCAAUUCAAAAGCUAAAAUUUGAGGUCUGUACAAAUGACAUAUUGCCUGCCAUUGAUGAAAAUUUAAAUACCAGCAGAAAUGACCACAUGUCUGGAGAUUGUUGUUGUAUGGCAUCCUCUGAAAUAGGGACAGUAUGUUCCUGCAGAGAAAGCAUUUCAGAAAAACUGCCUCUCAUCUUUCCAGGUAAUUAUUCCAAUGUCACACCUGUGCACAUUGAUAAAUGCAAGCAGCAAGAACUAUCAAACAGUUCUAAAGAUGACUUUAUUCCAACAAGUGAUGGGUGUAAAGAAUCAUUGUCAUUUCUACAUCUGCCUUUCAGUGCUCAAAAUACAAAGAAAAAAUCCCUUGGCUGUAUAAUUAAACCUCAGGAAAAUGCAACCGAACAUGAUUUGGAGUUUAAAGUAACAGAGAAGCAAAUUUACGAUGGUCACUCAGCUUUAAAAGCUGUCUCUACAGGCGAAAGUAUUCCUGAUACGCUGUUGUCUAAAAGAAGUGAAGAAUUGUGUACCAAUAUAACAACCAGUGGAAAUGUAGCAAAGGAUUCCAAUGAAAAUACAGAUGACCGUAGAUCACUUUUGGGGAAAGAUACCAUAGAUAUCGAUAAUAGACUUUUUGAACGAACUGCAUCAUUGCUUACCAAUAUACCCAUUUACCUGGAAAUAAAAUCUGAUGAUUGUACUAUUUCUGAAAUGUUGGUUAAACCUCCUAUAUCCCAUCUAGUCUGCAGUGCAAGUGUAGAAAUGAAUAAUUUCUCUACCCCUUCGAGUAAUUCAGGUGACUUGGUAGAAAAUGAAGAACAUUCCAAGUGUGAUUAUACUAAAGUGUUGUGCUCAAAUUACAGUGAAAAUGUUAACCCUUCUCUUCAAGGGCAGUUGGUUGAACUACCAUCACCUCCCCAAAAUGUUACAGAUUUAAAUUUGCAUAAUUCACCCCUUGUUGAUUCAAUUCCUAUGAAAACCUUAAAUUCAAACACUGACAAUUGCAACAGUUCUGUGAAAAGAAAAUCAAGUACUAAAACAACUGCACAAUUAGAUUUUCUUACAGAGAAAGAUAAAUCUGAAGAAAACUUACAAAUCCGUGUACAAGACGAACCGUUUCCCAAUGGAAUCAAGCAAAUGGAAAAUAAUUUAUUCAUAGAGAGCAGUGACAGGCUUAUCAAUGCAGAAACUGUGACCAAGGACAAUAAACUCUAUUCCUUGGCUAUACAUGAACAGAAAAAUGAGGCAUCUGAGAUUGCAAAUAUUCAUAAACAAUUAAAUGAGUGCUCUGAUGACAAGAAUGUUAACCGAUUUACUGAAGUUUCUGAGGAGAUUCGAGGUGAAAGUGAAUUCUGUGGGAAACGAGACUUAUUUCAUUUGAGUGAGGAUAGGUCACAGCCAAUAAUUAACAUUUCAGGAAAGAGUGAGAAUGGUGAAAAUGAUGGAAUGAACAGGGAUGACGUUGUACAGAGCAGUUUAAUGUUACCUAAGACAUUGAAUGAUUUGCAUGGCAGUGAACAUUUGGAUUUAGUGGCUAACAAUUUAUUUCCAGAAAAUAUUUCAAGGACUGAUUCACAGAAAUUAGUUGAACUUUCCACUUCUCAAAUAGAGCAUAAUCCACAGACUGUCAUAAUGUGCAAUGUUUGUUCAGCAUCAUUCAGAUCUAAACAAGGCUUGGUUAGACAUAAAGCCAUCAAACAUCGUUUAAAAGGUGAUAAAACAAGUCAAAACAAAGGAAACAGAAUUCAAGCAUACUGCAUUCCAACAACAGAACCAAAUAUAGUUUGGAAACAAGACACAAAAAAUAACUUGUUUUGUGCAUCAGAAAAUAAAACCCACAUAGAAGACAAUUCCUUGGAUAAUCCUGUAAAUAAGGAAACUGUUCAGUCUGACCAGCAUGUUUUCUUGUAUGAAGGUAAGCACAUUGAAGGAAAUAGUUCCACAGUUACGCGAAAUGAAAUUGUUUUCCAUUGCAAUGAAACUCAACAUCUUGAAGGAGCUAUUGACAAAACUGAAAUCCACUAUGGGAGCACAAAAGAGGAACCAAAGUCUUGUGCCAUACCAUCUGACCAGGACAUUGGAUCAAUGUCAUGCAAUGGGCAAUUUGAUGCAAAGAAACCUGUUAAGGUUAGCAUUUCAAAAUCUAAAAAAAUCUUCGGAUAUUCAAGGGAUGAGAGUAAAAAACAAAUACCUUAUUCGAUAGACACAAAAGAUAUUGCAAGACAACAUAAGAAGCAAAAUAACAAGAUGUCUAAUCUAACAAAAGAAAAGCAUAGAAGUGUUGGAAAAGAUGAAUCAGAAUUAAUUUUUAAUGGUGCAAUUGUACAAUCUAGUAAGCAAAUGAGUGUCAAUUAUGGAGAAAAUGAUGAUGAGCCCUGUCCUCUAUUACAGCUUCAGGUAAUGGCAGAAUCACGCGAUAGUACUAUAUGUCAAGAGCAGAUAGAAAAUACAUUAUCAACAAGCAAAACAAUUAAAAUGUGUAUUACAUCAAAAGAAUGGACCUCGCGACAAAAAUUUUCAAAUAAUGAAACAAUAAUUGUAGAAGAAAAAGCAUGUAACCUAAUUAAUGUUUUAUUGAAAGAAGAACAAUACAAGAAAGAAUGGAAUGGAGAACUUGAAUAUCAGAUUGAUUUUACUGGGAAGUGUUCCUCGAAUGAAAGCAAUCAGAACAGCAAACAUAUAAAAAUAGAACAAGAAAGUAGUGAAAAAGCAGUGGAAUUACUGCAAAAAAAUACUGAAUGCCAACAUUCUGAUCAUGCAAUUCCUUCAGUAUUCAACAGUUCAAUGUCCAACUUUAUCAAUGGUUCUCCACUUAAAAUAACAGAAAUGGGCCCUCAAAUAUUAGUAGGUCAGAAAAAUGAUGAAAACACUUUUGAAAAAUUGCAGGACCUUACACCAUCAAAACCCUGGGAAGAAUCAUAUUCUAUUGACCUAGAGCUACCCGUUUUAGAGGUAAUUACUCCAAAUUCAGAGUUGCAACAUAUUUCCACUAUGAAUAAUGCAAUAUCACAAAUAUUUUCAGAAGAAAACUCAGUUGUCAGAAAGAAGUGUCCAAGGGUUUAUGGAAAUAGAAGCAAAAACUGUAAAAUGGACACAGAAUCAAGUACCUUUAAAAUGUUUUCUGCCGAUUUCAUGAUGGAAGAUGGUGAACAAAUUCUUAGGUCUUAUAGAGAUCAUUUUCACAACAAAAGAACAGAGCAGUAUGACACCAUUUCAAUAGAUGACACCAUCAUGUUGCAUACAAAUAAUGACAACAAAACGGUGGCAAAUAGAAGUAUUUCUCCUUGUGAUGAAUUUAAAAGCUGUAGAGAUGUGGCACGUGAAUAUAGUAGUGAAGAUGUCUUAGAAGGUACUGGAUUGUCUGAAAAUACAAAUAAUAACCUAAUGGGGUUACUAUAUCAAAACUGCAAAAUAGAAACAAUGUCUGAUGCUGUUCUAAAUUCUACAGUUUGGAGCAAUCCUCCAGAAGUUGUGGACAUCUCAGCACAUGGCAACAUUACCUCAUUUGAAUCAACUUCAGAAAAUGUGCCAAACACACAAAAUCAGAUAUCAAGCAUCCAGAGUCAACAGGAGGCAACAGAAUCAUCAUCUUCCCAACUGCUGGAGCCUUUUGAUGGCUUAGCCUCUGACCAGUGCAUUCCGAGGAGUAUAAAUGUCAGUGAUAUACAAGCCUUAAACCAAAGCUAUGAACUUCCAAAUGGGGAUCCAUAUAAUUCCCCUGGGAAUAAGUCUUCUAUUCUGAAUGUUGCAAAUGGUAUGAGUGAGGAGACAAGCCAGAACUUAAAAUUAUCAAAGAUUAGGACAGAGGAAGGGAAAAUGGCAAAGAACCGUGGUGACAUCAGUAUCAAAUCCAAAGAUAAGCAGUAUAAGUGUAAAGUUUGCUUUCAAUGGUUUCUCACUCUGGGAGAACUUGACUUUCACAAACUCUCACACAAUCCUUCCCCUCCGCCAACAUGUUACAUGUGUGUUCAACGGAAGUUUAGUUCCAGAGAACAGCUGAGAGAUCACCUAAAGGAAAAGCAUGCCAAAAAUAAAGCAGGCAUUUGGACAUGUGGUAUGUGUUUGAAAGAAAUCUCAGAUGUCUGGAUGUACAAUGAGCAUUUGCGUGAGCAUGCUACCCAGUUUGCCAGAAAAGGGCAAGCUCAAAAGUCGGUGAUUGGAUUGUCCAAUUGUUUUAGUGAAGAUAGUGCCAUGAAAAAUUUUUUCAGCACACUCCUAAAUAAAAAGCAUGGGAAAUCAAAAACAGUUGAUUCAGUAGCAAGAUCCCUUAUUAAAGAAACCAAAGUUCUGAAAGAAAACCAAAAACAAAAUGGGAAAAAUAAAGACCAAAGUGAAACAAGUAUUAAAAAUAAGUUGAAUUUUACAAGUGCACUUAAACUCUCAGCUUCCUUGAAUCCAGAGAUUAUACAGAAGACUGAACCAAUACAGAAGAAUGUUGCCAUCCAUCCUGAUUGCAAAGACCCUUCAAGAGAUUGCCAUCAUUGUGGGAAACAAUUUCCCAAACCAUUUAAACUUCAGCGACAUUUAGUUGUUCACAGUUUGCAGAAAAUCUAUUUGUGUUAUAAGUGUCCCAUUUUCUAUUUGGAAAUGCAGGAGCUGAGAGCCCAUCUUAAAGGUGAACACAGAGUAAUAGAAGAACCUGAGGUUAAACAUACAACACUGUAUACCUGUGAGCUCUGUGCUGAUGUUAUGCAUGUCAUAAAAAAGUCUUUUAUUUGUAGUACUUGUAACUAUACCUUUUCAAAAAAGGAACAGUACGAUAGACAUAUGGAAAAACAUCUGGCAGGGGGAAGUAAGACCCAUAAAUUCAGAGGAGUAAUGAGACCAAAUGUUCCUCUGCAAGAUCGAAAUCUUGAUCCACAGGCCGAUCUUGCUCAGAGCUACUCAAGUGUACCUUUACCACCCAAUAAAAAACAGAAGACCAAUCACAAUGAACUGACUGAGGGUAAUACAGAAAAUAAUAUUCCAACUAUUUCUUCUAUUCAUUUUGAGCACAAUAUGUGUGAAAGCUCAUUGCAAGGUUCUCCAGAUUUCUUACCACAUGAAGUACAUAACACAACAGAAAAGGUAACUAUUUUGACACCAACUCGUACAGAUAUUGUGGAUGACUUUUCUGAGCUUCUAGUGGAACUGGAGCAAUCGCAACCAGAUAUUGCUAGUUCUCCACCAUGUCUCUCCCCAGUUGUUUGUCAUCCAUUAUCUAAUGACCUGCAUUUAGUUGAUUUAGCUGUUCCACCCAUGCCAGAUGCACACAGUCAACUUUACAAUAUGACAUCACCUGUGAAUUCAGUUAAUACUUAUACAUUUCAACCACAUGACAGUGUUGAACAGAGUAAUCAUUCAGCAAAAAAGAUAAAACAAGAUGAGUCAUAUGAUAGCUCUAAACAAACAAAUGAACUCCAGAAAAUACCUUGUAAUAGCCACAUCAAAAUAGCAGCUGUUGAAAAGACAAAACAAAACUUAAGUGAAUACAGAUCUUCAGAGAAACUAGCCAAAGAUUCGGAACCAAAGGUUAGUCAGAAAAAACGAAAGGAGCAAAGGUCUGCAUGUGUCAAAUAUAGUAACAGCUACAAGUUAACUGCGGAUGAGGGAAAUAAAAAAAGAAAACAGGUAAAAACUGACUAUGUGAAAAAAUCUUGCAUCCCACAAGAUAAUCAGGGUAUUGCUACUCCUCGAGAUGAGCCAACAGGCAGCCAUCUGGCAUCCAGAACCAAACAGUGGACAAAUAGUUCACAGUCUAAAAAAAAUGGAAUGAAUUUCUGUCCACUUAGGCAACCAGAAAUGCGACCAUUCAUUGGGGAAUUCAAGCACAAGAAAGAGUUAAUCUCAAAACCUCCACUUUAUUCAAAAGGAGGGGCUCAGUCUGUGAACAGUUCGAUUAGAAAACAUAGAUUGAUGCAAGGUAUAAAGCCUGUUGAAUCAAAUAAUUAUCGGACAGCAGAAUCACAGAGUAAUCUUCUCAGCCAAUUAUUUGGACAAAAAUUAACCAGCUUCAAAAUUCCUUUAAGAAAGGACACCUCAGAGUGAAUUAAUGUAGCUGACUCCUAG